AUGAACGGAAAGAAAAAGCCUUAUUUUAUCCCCCUUACCGUCGAGCCAUCAAGUUCCCAGCAUACACAUACAUUCAUCAUCCUUCACGGCAGAGGUAGUAAUGGCGAGCGAUUUGGCCGCGAGCUUCUAGACUCUGCCAAUCUACCCGCUCGUCUACCUACGGUCAAGUUCGUCUUUCCCACUGCUUCAAAGCGCCGAUCGACCGUUUUGAAGAAGAUUCCGAUCAAUCAAUGGUUUGACAACUAUAGCUUGGAUGAUCCGAAUCAAAGAACGGAUCUACAAGUCGAUGGCUUGAUGGAGACGGCAGCUUUCUUGAGAGAAUUGAUUAAUUCCGAAGCACAAAUUUUGAGCGAUGACUCUACCCAGACAGGGUAUCGAAGGAUUGUCCUUGGGGGACUGAGCCAGGGAUGUGCAGCUGGCAUUUUCACUCUGCUUGGUGGUGGAAUUGGCGAAAGUGGGAAUGAGAGGCUGGGAGCUUUCUUUGGGAUGAGCGGGUGGUUGCCGUUUGAAAGACAGCUGAAUAGCAUGACGAAUGAUAAAGAAGGGGAGGAGGAAGAUGCAGAGGAAGAGAAUGACCAGAAUCAUAAAGAGAGCGUUUCCGAUGAAGAAGAUGAAUCUGAUGAUAGUGAAAGUAGUGAUGAUGACGAAGACGAGGAAGAUGACAAUCACUCAGAAAGCGAGACCGAUAUUGUUGUUUCGUUCGGUGAUGCAGAAAGUGAUGCAUUUUCGGCCAAUAUAGAAGAUGAACUCGCAGCUUUUGACCCAUUUCAAUCUGAAGCUCACGAGGAUUUUGAAAGGGCCCCUCGCUCUGGUAUCGUAGAUACCAUCAAUCACGUCCGCGAUUUACUGGACUUGACUUCAAUAUCUAGUACAGAAUCUUUGCCAGCUUUAAAAACCCCAGUCUUUCUUGGCCAUGGAUCCGCCGAUCCGAAGGUUUCUGUCCAUCUGGGCGAGAAGAUGGCACGGCUACUGUCGAAGAAGUUGAAAAUGAAUGUCACAUGGAAGGCUUAUGAGGGAUUUGGCCAUUGGUACAAAGUUCCUGAUGAGAUUGACGAUGUUUUGGAUUUUCUGAGCGAGAAAAUUGGAUUGCCGAUUGUGGAUGCCAGCUCUUGA